CUGAUUAUCAACUGUCAAUGUUGUGCACAUGAACCAACCUCUUCCUUACCAGUAGGGAGACUUCAAAAUAAUUCAAGUCGGCAUUGCGAACGUGUUUUUCCUCAACUGCGGGCAGACAGCGAAGAAAAAGAAACAUACAGACAUCAAUUAUUUAACACUGUAAACUUUAAUAUUUACAAAUCCUAACACCAGUGCUUAUUGAUGGUGGCAUACAGUGCCGAUCGAGUGAAACAUUUCCACUACAAUCCAGAGUGAACACGCAUUUCAUAACAACUGAAACACAGCUCCAAAACAUUGUGUUUAGUGCAGGACAGAAAAACAAAGCUUGUGCGGGAACGGUGAUAAAAGGGUUGAUUUGUUAGCAUCGUCUUUAAUAUGACGAAAUUCAUGGUUGCCAGGCGUUACCUGGCGGUCGCUACCGAUACAUUCGGGCCGGCCGCUAACACUUUCACGCCCCGGUUAGGUGCAUCAUUCUCCUGGAUGAAACAUUACUCCCUUCGCUUACGGUCACAGUCAUCCCGGUUGACUGCCCACAGUUACUCCACACAGGCCGACAAUCGUAAGCCGGCCACCAAGGACUUUGACGAUGGUGACCGUCCCCCGCUGGACCCGGAAGCUGUACAUGCGGAUCUACUACGCCGACUGACGAAGCUGUACGAGCAGGAAGUGGCACGGGAAUUGAUCGUGCCGCCAUUUAAGCGAGCCUUGCUGUACGGUGAAAAGGCGGCCAUUCGUGACCAGAUAGGCGACUACAGUUUCAUCCAGCUGUACGAAGCCGUCAAACGACUUGCGGCACAGAUAUCCAAAUGUUGCGGUAGCGCUUCCCAGUCUCGUGUGGCAUUCCUUUGUCCCAACAAUAUUACGUACGUGAUCAGCCAGUGGGCUUGCUGGUUUUCGGGACAAGUUGCCGUGCCCUUAAACGCGAAAUAUCCGUCCGAUUUGCUCGAGUACUACAUCAAAGAUUCGGACGCAUCGCUUCUACUAACGACAGCGGAAUUUCUUCCCCUGGCUGAACCGCUGGCAGCCAAGCUGCAAAAACCUCUGCUCGUUGUGAAUCACGAACUGAUCAAUGCGAAUGGCACGUCAAACGGUGACACACCGUCCAUGGCGGAUGUUUCCUACCUGGAUCCACGGAGAGAAAAUUUGCUGCAGCUGAACGAUACGCUCGUGGUGGAAAGUGCCCUGAAUGGUGAAUUCUACCGCGAUGCCAAUGCUUUAAUCCUGUACACUUCCGGUACGACGGGCAAACCGAAGGGAGUCGUACUGAGUUACGCUAAUUUGGACGCGCAACUGCGUGCCCUGUCACACGCAUGGCAAGUAAGUUCGGCCGAUUCGAUACUGCACACGCUACCGCUAAACCACGUACAUGGUACGAUCAAUGCGCUGAACUUACCGCUGGCUGUCGGUGCCAAGUGUGUCAUGCUACCGAAGUUUGACAGCAGCAGCGUCUGGAGCUAUCUGCUGAACGUGAACAUGACCACCAAGGAGCGCGUUAACGUGUUCAUGGGCGUACCGACGAUGUACGGUUUGCUGAUCCGCGAGUAUGACAGUGUGUUCGGGAAGAAUGCUCGCAUGUGUGACUAUGUCAAGACACAUUGCAAGAACAAGAUUCGGCUCAUGAUUUCCGGCUCGGCACCACUGCCGGGUAACAUUUUCGAUCGCUGGAAUGAAAUAACUGGCCACCGGUUGCUGGAACGCUACGGUAUGACCGAAAUCGGUAUGGCCAUCUCGAACCCUUACCUGCAGGACGGAGAGUUACGCAGCAGAAGGCAAGGUUGCGUUGGAAUGCCAUUGCCCGGCGUUAGCGUGCGCAUUGUAGAACCCGAAAGUGGUCGUCAGCUGACGCUUGAAGGCCGUGAAAAUGAAGGAAUUUGGCAGCCAACGACUGGGACUGCACCGCCAAAGUCGACCGCACCGGAGGAAUCCAUUGCCGGCCAGUUGCACGUGAAGGGACGCUCGGUAUUUAGCGCAUACUGGCAAAAGCCACAAGAAACAGCUUCCGAGUUUGAUGCGGAUGGUUGGUUCCGGACGGGUGAUACGGCACGGUACGAAAACGGUACAAUACGCAUUCUCGGACGCACCUCGGUGGAUAUAAUCAAAUCGGGUGGCUUUAAGCUAUCCGCGCUGGAGAUUGAAACGGCACUGCACGAACAUCCGGACACGAGUGACGUGGCGGUUCUAGGUUUACCGGAUGAGACCUGGGGCCAACGGGUAGUGGCCGUGAUCAGUUUGCAGGCAGCAGCCUCACCCGAAGCGUUCAGCAUUCCGAAACUUCUCGUGUGGUUAGAACAGAAGCUUCCAAAGCAAGCCAUUCCGAAGGAGGUCCGAAUAGUUGAGGAAAUACCGCGCAAUGCAAUGGGCAAGAUUAACAAACGCGAACUGAUCGAACGGUUGUACGGAGACAACAAUGCGGCGACACCGGACAGCAAAGAGCCACAAAAUGUCGCCGAAAAGCCUUAGGCAGCUACAUAUAUCCGAUUGAUGCAACUUAAGGCCAACGCGCACAGAAACGUAUUUAUGUUACAUACUACACAUCCACAUCAUCCGGCGAAGGAGAAGAGGUUGAAAGGAAAUGUGGCCAAUAUCGCACUAGUCACACAAGGUAUCUUCCGCUUCCAUUCCCGUCGGGACUUUGGCGACUGCUCCUUGUCUCUGCAUGCUUUAUUCAGUAAUUUUUUUUAAUGAUUUUUGUCUUCUUGUGCUAAUCGUGAACUAGGCCUUUCGGUAACUUCCGGCAAACAGGAGAUGCGAAGCAGGCUAUUGUUGGAGUGGACUUCUAAUCGCCUGAAGGGGGAUCAUAUUCAACGGGUGGGAAACUAAUGAACGAAACGUAUUGGAAAUAAGCUUUUGACAACAAGAUUCCAAAUUUGUUGACGAAUUAUAA